AUGUCACUUUACGUGUUGCGUCUUGUGACAGUUUUUCUGGAGGAGAUUAUUCAGAAGAAGAAAGUAUACCCAGGAUGGCAAGCUUCCCCGCAUAUGUAUGACGCGCCAGUUCAACAGCUUGUUGAUGUAGAAAAUACUUUAUCUAGUCUUAAUUUUUCACCCACAUAUGUUCCUUCAUGGCCGAAGAUUUCAGAUUCAUUAGGACAAGUAUCAGCAGUUAGUUUGGAUUCGUUUGGAAAUGUGGUCUUAUUUCAUAGAGGAAGUCGAAAAUGGGAUGCAGAAUCAUUUAAUAAAGAUGAAAUAUUUCUACAGCAGAAUUUAGGACCUAUACCUGAAAACACAAUUCUUGUUCUCAAUUCAACGACCGGGGAUGUUUCCUAUGAAUGGGGAUCUCAUAUGUUUUAUAUGCCACAUGGUUUAACAGUAGACUACUUCAACAACAUUUGGAUAACUGAUGUCGCCUUACAUCAAGUAAUGAAAUUUUCAUUCAAUGCUUCUACCUCUACAAAACCAUCCCUCACCUUGGGAAAAAAAUUUCUUCCUGGAAAUUCUCUGGACAGAUUUUGUAAACCUACAUCUGUCGCAGUGAUGAGAUCUGGUGACUUUUUUGUGGCUGAUGGAUAUUGUAAUUCGAGAAUUAUGAAAUUCUCUAUGAAUGGGGAAUAUCUAACUAGCUGGGGAAAAUCUACCAGAAACGAUGAUAGAAAGCCACCACCUUAUAAUUUUAGAAUUCCACAUGCUUUAGCGUUAGCUGAAGAUAAAGAUAUGCUUUGUGUUGCUGAUCGUGAAAAUGGUCGCGUUCAAUGCUUUAAUGCAAUCAAUGGUAGCUACAUUGAGAAGUUUCAACAUCCAAUUAUUGGACAAAGAAUUUUUAGUGUGGCAUAUUCCUCUGUUAAUGGAGGCCAAUUGUAUGUUGUUAAUGGGCCAAAUUGGAUGCCAUACUAUAAUUCUGUUCGAGGAUUUGUGAUAAACAUGACAUCUGGCAAAAUUGUAUCGCAAUUCCGUGCUGGUAGUAAGGACUUUCAAAAUCCACACGAUAUAGCGGUUUCAAGUGAUGGAAAACAGGCUUAUGUAGUAGAAAUUGAUCCUUACGUCAUUCAUAAGUUUGAAGAUAAUACUUUGCCUAAUGCUUCUGUUCCAACUAACUUCCAACUGCAGACAAUAGAAUCUGCAAAACCGACUGCAACUGUUGAUAAACAAUCAUCAGUUAUCUCUGCAAUUAGCUUCUCUGAUACAGCUAUAAACAAAGGUCCAACAGCAACAUUUUUGAUAAUUGUUACAGUACUAAUCAUUUUAACAGCUAUUCUGCUUGGCAUUGCGGCAUUGAUAUCCCGACACUUAAAACGAGGUCGUCGCAACCGACGACGCGUGUGGGAUUUGCCCACCAAUUCGAGUGCCGCAGUCAAGUUCAGCCAUCUGAUCGAAAGGCGUUCACGAUCGCGCAACGGAUUCGAAAAAGUGAACACGGAGGAAAGUGAUGACGAAGCAAAUUCAGCUACUAGCAUGCUAGCUGCCCCCCAAUUUGCUUAA